AUGUCUUUACCCCAGAGGCCGGGGAAAGUUCCUCCGCGACGAGAGGAAGCCCAAUCGUUCCGAGAUUCGUCGCGCAGACGCCGUGGGGACGCCGAGUCAGGAAACCACAGCGAGACACUUUCAAGCCCCCAUCGACACCGCCAUCGUCGCCAUUCACACAGUUCACGGCGAGCCAGAGAUAUGGAUGAAGAGAGAGUAGAACCCGGUGGAGAACUGAGACACAAGAAGAGUCUGGUCAAGCCGGAGCGCAGCCGUAUCGAUGAGAGCCAUCCCAACUAUCACUAUCGCCAAAAGUCCCAUAAUAUGCCCACGUACCCUUCGACGACCGGUAAUGAACCGUUGAUCGAAGGCGAUGCACUCGACAGAGACAGCUCACGGAGCACGGAAUCUCGAGGGCGGCGCGAGGACUUUGCUACCCACGGAAAUAUUAAUAAACCUAUGGAGCGGGCGCCGAGUCGACAUCGUUCGAAGAAAAGGAAAUCGAGGAAGAUUUCGAGGAAGGCAGCUGCAGAGGAGAAACGGCGGCAGAAGGCGCUGGAGCAAGUUCGUCCACCCAGUCCUUGGAGCGCUUACUGUGCCAUUAUCACUUUCUGGGCGCCGAACUUUAUUGUAAAGUGCUUUGGGAUGCCGCAGAAGGCACAGAGGGAUGCCUGGCGUGAGAAGAUCGGCCUCAUCAGUAUUAUCCUGCUGAUUGCAACGUUUGUCGGUUUCCUCACUUUUGGAUUCACGGCCACCGUUUGCGCAUCGCCCCCGUUACGGCUGAAGAUCAACCAGAUCGAUCGUGGCUAUAUGAUCUUUCAUGGAGAGGCGUAUGACUUGUCUCGAUCGAAACAUCCGGCGGCUGUCGGUAUUCCGGAUAAUGCCAACGUCCUUUACGACCUGCCUCACAAGUACGGUGGCCAAGAUGGAAGCUUUUUCUUUCAGAAGGUCAAUGGGGCGUGCAAAGAUCUUAUCACACUCAAAGAGGGCUCAGACAUCCCUACGAAUCUCGAUGGGGAGCUUGCAUGGUACUUUCCCUGCGCACCCUUCAAUCAGGAUGGUUCGUCGAAGCCGAACUUCACCACCUCAUACUACCCCGGCUGGGGCUGCCACACCUCAGGGGUCGCCCGGAGUACAUUUUACGGAUUGAGCAAUUCAGGCGAUGUGUACUUUACUUGGGCUGAUACAAAGAACAAAAGUCGGAACCUUGCGGUAUACUCAGGAAAUGUCCUGGACUUUGACCUCCUCAACUGGCUCGAUCAGUCGCAGGUCAACAUUCCAGAUAAAUUCCGCGAGCUUCAAUCGAACCCCAAGAUACGCGGUGUUGACCUGACUUAUUAUCUUCAGACCGGCGAGGACAAGAAAAUUGGCAAGUGUCUGUCACAAAUCAUCAAAGUCGGCAGUAUUGACACAGACACUGUUGGUUGCAUUGCGUCCAAGGUCGUCCUUUACGUGUCCUUGAUUUUCAUUCUGUCCAUCGUUGGCGUCAAAUUCGUCUUCGCUUUGUUUUUCCAAUGGUUCAUCUCCCCGAAAUAUGCGGCCUCGAAGACAAGCAUGGGAACCGAUUCCAAAACUCGCAAACAGCAGAUCGAAGACUGGUCCAACGACAUCUAUCGGCCUGGGCCCCGUCUCGCAGAUCAGUCUUUGCCCGAUCGCCCCAACAAAAGAGCCAGUUUCCUGCCGACAACGUCCCGAUUUUCCAGUCCUUAUACUGUCAGUAAUGGAGGUAAACAGCGACCUCACUAUGUUACGAUGGCGAGUCAAAACUCCACAUCUCGACUUCUUCCGAGCGCAGCCAACUCUAUGUACAAGCAGAGCCACAACAGCAGCAACGGAACUUUAAGUGCAGACCCCUCGCGUCUGAAUCCCUCUGCGAGUCGUUCAAGUCUGGUCGUUGGGGCAGAGUCCGACGGCCUCGGUUCAGCCGGAUACAUUCACGAAUCCGUUGUUCCUCAACCCCCACCCGAGUGGCAGCCGUAUGGAUUCCCUCUUGCUCAUACUUUGUGUCUGGUCACUUGCUACUCCGAAGGUGAGGAAGGUAUCCGUACCACUCUGGACUCUAUCGCCAUGACAGACUAUCCGAACAGUCACAAGACCAUCAUUGUCAUCUGUGACGGUAUGAUCAAGGGUCAAGGUGAAGAAUUUUCGACACCGGAAAUCGUUCUUCGGAUGAUGCGGGACCCUGUCGUCCCCAUGGAUGAGGUCGAGGCAUUCUCAUAUGUGGCUGUUGCCACUGGUUCCAAGCGUCACAACAUGUCCAAGGUAUAUUCUGGCUUCUACGAUUAUGGCGAAACCUCUGUCAUCCCACCCGAGAAACAACAGCGUGUCCCGAUGAUGAUCAUUGUCAAGUGCGGUACACCGGCCGAGUCCACGCAAGCUAAACCGGGAAACAGAGGCAAGAGAGACAGUCAGAUCAUUCUGAUGUCUUUCCUGCAGAAGGUUAUGUUCGAUGAGCGGAUGACGGAGCUGGAAUUCGAAAUGUUUAAUGGGCUAUGGAAUGUUACCGGAAUACCGCCCGAUUUCUACGAAGUGGUUCUCAUGGUUGAUGCCGAUACCAAGGUUUUCCCUGACAGCUUGACCCACAUGAUUUCUGCCAUGGUGAAGGAUCCGGACGUUAUGGGAUUGUGCGGCGAGACCAAGAUUGCCAACAAGACCGACAGCUGGGUGACAAUGAUCCAGGUUUUCGAAUACUUCAUCUCGCAUCAUCAGUCCAAGGCCUUCGAAUCAGUCUUUGGUGGUGUGACCUGUCUGCCCGGUUGUUUCUGCAUGUACCGCAUCAAAGCGCCUAAGGGAGGCCAAAAUUACUGGGUUCCCAUUCUGGCCAACCCGGAUGUGGUUGAGCACUAUUCCGAGAACGUGGUUGAUACUCUGCACAAGAAGAACCUGCUUCUCCUGGGAGAAGAUCGUUAUUUGUCAACUCUGAUGCUUCGGACUUUCCCCAAGCGUAAGCAGAUCUUCGUGCCCCAGGCAGUGUGCAAGACGGUGGUGCCCGAUCAGUUCCUGGUUCUUCUGUCUCAGCGGCGUCGCUGGAUCAACAGUACCGUCCACAACCUCAUGGAACUGGUCCUGGUUCGGGACUUGUGCGGCACAUUCUGCUUCAGUAUGCAGUUCGUUAUUUUCAUCGAGUUAGUCGGAACCCUCGUGCUGCCUGCCGCCAUCGCCUUCACGUUCUAUGUCGUUAUAAUUUCCAUCAUCAGGAAACCGGUUCAAAUCAUUCCCUUGGUCCUGCUGGCACUCAUCCUGGGUCUGCCUGGUAUACUCAUCGUCGUGACCGCACACCGCUUGGUGUAUGUGUUGUGGAUGCUAAUCUACCUACUCUCGCUACCCAUUUGGAACUUUGUCCUACCGACGUAUUCCUAUUGGAAGUUUGACGAUUUCAGCUGGGGUGAUACUCGCAAGACGGCUGGUGAACAGGACAAGGGCCACGAGGCUGGAGAAGGCGAGUUCGAUAGCAGCAAGAUUACCAUGAAGCGUUGGCGAGACUUUGAGAGAGAUCGCCGAUUAAGGACGCAGCAGAGCGGAUGGGGACAAUCACCGUAUGGUGGAGGGUACCCGUCCCAGUUUGAACCAUACUCAGACUACUGA